CUCCCGCGCGGCGACGGCGGCUCCGAUCCCGAUCCCGCUCCCGCUCGGUCCCGCGGCCGCGGGGCUGGUGCUUGGGCGGCACCGCACCCGCCGUGGGGCAGCGGGCAGAGCAGCAGCAGCGCAAACACACGCACAAGCAUGCCGGGCAGCGACACGGCGCUCGCCGUGGACAGGACGUACUCGGACCCGGAGCGGCACCGGCGUCGCAAGACGAGGGUGGAAAGACAUGAUAUGAAUACCCUGAGUUUACCACUUAAUAUCCGCCGUGGAGGUUCUGAUACCAACCUGAACUUUGAUGUACCAGAUGGGGUCCUAGAAUUUCACAAAGUCAAACUCAAUGCAGAUAGCUUGAAACAGAAAAUCCUCAAGGUUACAGAGCAAAUCAAGGUUGAACAAACAGCUCGAGAUGGAAACGUGGCUGAGUAUUUGAAACUGGUGAACAGUGCAGAUAAGCAGCAGGCUGGGCGCAUUAAGCAAGUCUUUGAGAAAAAGAACCAGAAAUCUGCCCACUCCAUUGCCCAGCUGCAGAAGAAAUUGGAACAGUAUCACAAAAAGCUCAAGGAUAUUGAACAAAAUGGAUCUUCCAAAGCUACCAAGGAUACUUCCAAAGAUAACUUGAAAGAUGUUCAACAUGGAAAGUCUCGUAGCACUGGGCAUGGAGCAGAGAGCAGCAAGUCGGGUGUGCCAGGUGUAUCUCUGACACCCCCUGUCUUUGUUUUCAGCAAGUCCAGAGAGUUUGCCAACCUGAUCCGAAACAAAUUUGGUAGUGCAGACAACAUUGCUCAUCUCAAAAAUACCCUGGAUGAAUUUCGGCCAGAAACAAGUUCUAGAACCUACGGGGGUAGUGCCACCAUUGUUGCCAAACCAAAGUAUGUUAGUGAUGAUGAAUGCUCAAGUGGCACCUCUGGAUCAGCAGACAGCAACGGGAAUACUUCCUUUAGUCCUGCUGUGGCAAACACCCUGGACAGCCAAGGAAAGCUUUCCAUGAUUUUGGAGGAACUAAGGGAAAUCAAGGAGACACAGUCCCAAUUAGCUGAUGAUAUUGAGAAUUUAAAAACCCAAUUUAAAAGAGACUAUGCCUUUAUUUCUCAGAUGCUACAAGAGGAAAGAUUUAGAUAUGAAAGACUGGAAGACCAGUUAAAUGACCUCACUGACCUUCAUCAACAUGAGACAGCAAACUUGAAACAAGAGCUAGCCAGCAUAGAGGAGAAGGUGGCAUAUCAGGCCUACGAGCGAUCACGAGAUGUUCAGGAAGCCUUGGAAUCAUGCCAGACCCGGGUUUCCAAACUGGAGCUGCAUCAGCAGGAACAGCAAGCACAGCAGUCUGAAACAGUUAAUGCCAAAGUGCUCCUGGGGAAGUGUAUAAAUGUUAUCCUGGCCUUCAUGACUGUCAUCUUAGUCUGUGUUUCUACUAUUGCAAAGUUCAUUGCUCCUAUGAUGAAGAGCCGCUUUCAUAUCAUCUGCACUUUCUUUGCAGUGACACUGCUGGCAAUAUUUUGUAAAAACUGGGAUCAUAUCAUUUGUGCUAUAGAAAGAAUGAUUAUACCAAGAUGAAGUUAUUGGACUGGCUGGUCUUUUCUUUGUUCUUUUUUUUCCUUUCUUUUUCCCUUUUUUCUUCUCCUCCCUGUUUUUUAAGCACUGUGUGUAUACAAAUUCUGGUGUAAAUAUAUAAAAGUAUACUUGUUGGCAGUCAGUUGCCUGUUCAAUCUGAUUUUGUCUAACUGGCUGUAUCUGUGAUGAACUGCUCACUUAAGUCAGUCUUCUGCCUUAAUCCAAAAGAUUUUCCACUUUCCAAACCCAUACCCAUAAAAGAUGGUAUGAUGGUCUGGGAGGGAUCCCAGCAACUGCAAGUGUCAGGUGUGCUUUUUACUAGGCUGGAGUGCAAAGAGUGUGAUCAAGAGGGAGUGCCAUAAUGUGUAUCAGCUCUGCUAGACUGAUAGUUAAUUUUCUCUCUGAAUCCAACUAGAAUGAUAAACCAAACUAUGCAGUCGUGUAUUGAUAGAUCUAGAUUCUAAAUUAAUGGGUAACACUACAUGGGAUUUUGAGUUUUCAAGACUAACAAAACUUGAUGCGUCUGCUAGUAACUUAUUGCACAGAGUUUAUUGUUUGUAAAUGAGACCAAUGAUGACCAUUGACCACAGUUAGCAGUUGUUCUGUCCUGGCACUGUUCCUUAUCACAUUUGGGAAACACAUACAUGUGGCAUAAGACUUCCAAAGAUGGCCUGAAUUGAAUUAUAAGAUCCCCAAGCAACUUUGUAAAGGAGUUAAGAAGCAAGUAACUGGUAGAUAAGUUGUCAUCCACACCAAAGCACUCACUUGUUCAAGCCCUGCAACCUGCACAGGAAAGAAGUACAGGAACAGCCACAUUGAGGUCAGGCUUUGUUAGCACUGAAUUGUUGGGGUGUUCUGACUGAAUGCAAAGAAUACAGGUGGUGGGACCCUGGGUACAGUGGAUUUCUUUCUUCUGUCUGAUUAAAGAAUGUGGUAGAAACAUGAGGGAACAGCUUCUUAGGGGGAGCAGGGAGUUAAACUUCUGUAAAUAUAGGAACUGUAGACACUCUCAACAAACAUUCCUGAAAAUAAUGUAUUAACGUGCAGUAUCAGUACUAGGAGACAGGCUUGGGUUUGUUUUCCCACUGGAAUUUAUUUUGCUUGAUUUAACAACUGCAAAAAAAUUUCCCUGAAAUCAGUUUGGUUUUCAGCCAUGAUAUAAAACAAGAUCUUUAUUAAAAAUAAACAAACAAACAAACAAAAAACCCACAAAACCGCCACAACCAGAAUUCUUCUUCACUCUCCAUUAAGUGAAAAAGCAGUGUCUCCAAUUAUUUGAUGUUCAGUGUUAGUAACUGUGAAAAUAAUUGUCAUUACAUAUUUU